AGGACGCAGCCAAGCAGACGAAUCUUACUUCGUGCUGUUAGAACGUACCAUCUAUGUAGUAAAAAAUUAACUUUGAAACGUGAACUUUGCAUUCAUGUUAAGUCCAAAGUAUUAGUAAUGGCUACCGUCUUUAUUCAAGAGCGUCAGCCAUGCAACGAGUGUUGUUCAUAUCUCGGAUCGUGCAAUCUUCAACAGGCAGUUUGCGUCGUUUCCAUUAUUCAAAAUUUUUGUUACAGUCUACAGGGAAUCGUCCUUCGGUGGAACUAAUCAAAGCACUGAAACAAGAUUUGAUACGAGUGCUAGGAAACGAUGGUAUUUCCGAUAGUGAAACAAUCUGCAGACAGCACAGUCGAGAUGAGGGCGUCGACAGAAAAGAUUUGGUUGUUUGGCCUCAAAGUACAGCAGAAUGCUCUUUAAUUGCUUCAGCUUGCUAUGAGAAAAAAGUUCCUAUGAUUCCCUUUGGCACAGGAACUGGUUUGGAGUCAGGUGUUUGUGGUGUUUAUGGAGGUGUAAGUGUCGAUAUGAGUAAAAUGGAUCAAAUUGUUGACUUUAAUCCGGAAGAUUUUGAUGUUACUGUUCAACCCGGAGUCACAAGAAAAGGACUUAAUCAUUUCCUAAAAGACCACGGACUUUGGUUUCCUGUUGAUCCUGGCGCCGAUGCGUCUCUUUGUGGAAUGACUGCAACAAGCGCUUCUGGUACUAAUGCUGUACGCUACGGCACCAUGCGAGAAAAUGUAUUGAAUACUGAGAUCGUUUUAGCGGAUGGUCGCAUAUUUUGCACCGCAGGAAAUGGUCGUCGAUCCAAAAAGUCAUCGGCCGGGUUCAAUUUGACCAAUUUGUUCGUUGGAUCAGAAGGUAGCCUUGGAUUCAUAACGAAAACAACUCUGAAAAUUUAUGGCAUACCAGAAAUGAUGGUGUCAGCUGUCUGUGCUUUUCCUACGGUAAAGGCCGCAGUGGAUGUGUGCGUCCAAGUUUUGCAAUCAAAUAUUCCUAUCGCUCGAAUAGAACUCAUGGAUGAAGUGGCCAUGGAAAUGUGCAAUAAUCACAAUAAGUUGGAUUAUGAAGUGGCUCCGACAUUGUUUUUGGAAUUCCAUGGAACCGAAGAGUCAGUCAAAUCUCAAGCAAAAUUUGCAGCUGAGAUUGCUGAUUACAAUGGAGGUUCCCAGUUUCGCUGGGCAUAUGAAACAGAAGAGCGUAACCGGCUAUGGAAAGCUCGCCACGAUAUUUACUGGACAGUUCUUCAAUCUAAUCCCGGCUGCCGUGCAAUAGUUACUGAUGUCUGCGUUCCCAUUACUUGCUUACCUGACCUUAUCGCUCAGACGAAAUCUGACAUUCAACAGUCUGGAAUAAUUGGACCGUGUCUUGGACACGUCGGCGACGGAAACUUUCAUACUUUCCUUGUUUUCAAUCCAAAUAAACCAGAGGAAUUUAAAAAGGCUGAAAAUUUGGCAUCACGAAUGGCAAAGAGAGCCUUAGAUUUGAACGGAACAUGCACAGGAGAACACGGAAUUGGAAUCGGGAAGAUGGCCUAUCUCGAAAAGGAAAUGGGGCCCUUAGGCAUAGAGAUAAUGAAAUCAAUUAAAAGGACCCUUGAUCCACACUGGCUUAUGAAUCCCGGUAAAAUUUUUUCAUCCGCGUGAAUUCUAAUCAAAAAGAAGUAUUUUUUUCAUAUUAUACUGAUGAGUAUAUGUAAAGUGUAAACAAAGUAAUUAAAACACUCGAAAUUCUUGUAUGAUGCUAUCAAUAAAUGGCUGCCAAGAGUU